GUAUCUUACAAAACGCAGUGAACCAUUAAGAGUGAGAGACCUUCCAAGGGCAACGAGGAAUUAAAUUCGAAAACCGUCUAAUUGAUUGCUUUGUCAACAAGCCAGAGUGAACCGUACAGAUUGCCAUUUGUCCCCUUUGGGCUCGAAUCCCGACAAAAAAAAAACCUAUCAUCGAAUUAGCAACAAUAAUAGAUAUAACUUCAAACGGUUUCGCCAAGGGAGGACAUCGAGACAGUCCGGAAGACGAAAUACGAAACCGCACUUGAGUGCCAGUGGGUCAGAGAAGAGGAAGAUAGACGUUAGGUAGAAGUGUGAUCCGGAGUGAAACAGUGAAACGAAAAGGGAACAGUGCCAGUGUUCUGGGCCCGGUGACAAAAUCUCUGCUCAGGUAUACCCAUAAACCUAGAGGAAACGAUGAUGACGACGGCGACGGCAACGGCUUCGGCGACGAUGAUGGACUGGGACAUUGACAUAUUCAACCUGGACAUCGACGAGCACGCACUGGACUACAGCAUCCGGUCCAUCAUAUCGGACGACUCCAUUUUUAGCACCUUGCUGCUACAGUCCGCAAGCAACAUUACCGACAAUGAGCAAACAUCCUUCUCGUCCACGAGCUCAUUCUCGUCCUGUUGUUCGGAGUCAGAAUCCACAUCAUCGCCGUCCAUUAUAUCACCACAACUGGAUUCAUUGCUUCAGCUUCAUCCGGCAACAAUGAUGUCGACGACGGCAACGCAGACGACGACGGCAACGAUGAUCCUGAAACCGCACAAAUGCACGUCAGUCGGACCAUCGGACACGGAGGAUGACAAGUUGAGUGUGGAGCACGAUUCAGGAAACUCCGACGGGUCGUCAUCGCUGGAUUCGGAGGAGUCGUUUUCAGAGGCAAUCCCCUCGGAGGAAUCCACCAACGGUAGCGACGCGGAAAACGAUGCUCCCGAGGAGAUCCGUCCGUACAAGUGCGCCGAAUGUGGCAAAAGCUACACCCGGAAGCUGUAUCUGAUGCGUCACUACGUCCAGCAUACCCGGGAGCGACCGUAUCAGUGUGAAGUGUGCAGCAAGAGCUUCGCGUACGCCAGUUCGCUGUCCUCGCACCGGAAGCUGCAUUUGGCCAGCGGCGAACAUCGGUGUGACCUCUGCGGGAAGAGCUUCAUGACCGAGGAUCUGCUGGUGGCGCACAAAACCGCGGUCCACUACGGGGAGCGUCCCUACAAGUGCAAGCAAUGCAAGAAAACGUUCGUCCUGCUGCACGCGUACAAAGCUCACAAAAAGUGGCACCAACAAUUUAGUCCGUACAAGUGUUCGAUCUGUGAUAGGGAAUUUGCGAAGAAAAUCAGUUUGAAGUGUCAUCUGCGGGUUCACACCGGGGAAAAGCCCUUCACGUGCGACAUUUGCCACAAAAGCUUCACCCUUUCGUCCACGCUGUCCUCGCACAAGAAACUCCACGGUGAGAAACCGGCCCUGCAGUGCGAGACCUGCGGGAGAAUUUUCACGCAAGCCAGUGCACUGUCAACGCACAAGCAUCUGCAUACGGAAGUUCGGCCACACAGUUGUGAUUUGUGUGGGAAACGGUUCAUUCGGCUGCACGCGCUCAAGAUUCACAUUCGGACGCACUCGAACGAACGGCCCCAUCGAUGUGAGCUUUGCCCGAAAACGUUCCUCGAGAAGCACGUGCUGAUUAGGCAUCUCAAGACGCACACCGACGAGCGCCCGUACAGCUGCGACACCUGUGGCAAGGCGUUCAAGGAAAAGUAUGACCUCUUCCGGCACGUCCUGAUCCACUCCGGCCUGAGGCCCCACAAGUGCGACGUGUGUGCGAAAACUUUUGUGCAAUCCAACGCCUUGACCAAGCACCGGCGAAGCCACAAGGCCAACGGCAAAGACGAUGAUGACGACGGCAAGAAGCAACAGAAGAAACCGUCGAUGGGCAGCCCAAGGAGCCCAGCUAUCAAGACGGCGAUGAUGACGACGACGACAACCAAAACGAUAGUAGAUGGGCCAACUUCUCUGACGUCGGUGACGAUGAUGCCAGCUGAGAAAGUCUAGUCCAAGAUUCAAGGAGGUGUUAUGAUUACACUCGAUUAUCAUACAUUUACAUGUGUAUAAGUGAGAUUUGAUAUCAAAGAAAAUAGUUGUAUGGCUUUGCGAAAAUAAAUGAAGAUGUUGCGUUGGGAAAAGUGUGUCUCUGUGAAUGGGCAGUGGGGGUGGGAGGAAAUGCUGGACCUAGUGUGAAGAGAAAUAUGAGCAAUGAUAGUUCAACUUCUGCACUGUAAGGAUGCUAUCUGGAAAUGAACUUCAGUAGGUGUCGAAGGUGUUGGGAGUUUGUUUAGAGUUGAAUGGCAUUGACGUCUGCUGAACUAGACUUAUACUCCCGAUCAGAAGCUUAUAUCUC